CCUUAGGACCCCUCUAAGCAAAGCAUAAACUUGAUUCCAUUCUAACCUCAGACUCAACCCAGCUAAAUCCACCAAUCUUCUUCAAUCCAGGGCCUCUCAUUGUUUUCCGAACCUUAUUAGCAUCGUCCCACCUUUCAGAACUUGCAUAAAUAUUGGAUAACAAAGCAAGAGUACCAACACCAACAUUUUUAUCACGGAUUUGUCCCCUAAUCCAUUCAGACAUCUCUUCAUUACCAUGAAUUUUACAAGCCAGAAGAAGAGCACCCCAAAUAGGUCCCUCAGCUUCAACAGGCAUACCUUUAAGGAAAGCCACAGCUUCCUCAAACAAACCAGCACGUCCAUACAUAUCCACCAUGCAACCAUAAUGUCUCAUUUGCGGCACAAUGCCAUAACUAUCUCCCAUGGCUUUGAAAAACAUAAUUCCCUCACUAACCAAACCAACAUGGCUACAUGCAGACAACAAACCGAUAAAAGUUACAUCAUCCGGUAAAACCCCAUGAACCAACAUACGCGAAAACAUCUGUACAGCUUGUUUCCCAUAUCCAUUCAUAGCCAAUCCACAAAUAACAGUACCCCAAGAAAUAACAUCCUUGUGAACAACCAUGUUAAAAACUUUCAACCCCAUUUUCAUAUCACCACACUUAACAUACAUAUUAACCAAUGCAUUUCCAAUAUUUCCAUCAACAUCAAGAUCAAUCCUUUCAUCAACAUAAGAAUGCACCCAACAUCCCAAACUCAAGGAACCUAUAGAAGCACAAGCCGACAACACAUUUACGAUUGUCGCCUCAUUAGGUUCAGCUUCUCCACUAACCACCAUUUGUUUGAAAACCUCAACAGCCUCAUCACAGUGCCCACCACGUGCAUAAGCCAUUAACAAAGUAGUCCAAGUAAUAACAUCCCUUUUAGACAUUUUCACAAACACAUUCCGCGCAUUCAACAAAGACCUACAUUUUGCAUACAAAUCCAACGCAGCAUUAUCAAAAACAAUAUUCCCGUCAAUCAAUGACUUCAACCCAUAAGCGUGAAUCGCUUUACCAAAUCUAAGAGCUCCAAUGCUCGAACAAGCCGAAAAAGCGCUUACAAGAGUCAAUGCAUUAGGCUUCACAGUCAUGGAAGAAAGCGCAGCAAUAGCUUGCGAUUCAAAUCCGCAUUUUGAAAGACCUGAAAUUAGCGAAGUCCAUGAAACAACGUCGGGGAAAGGAAUCGAUUUGAAAACGCGCUUUGCUGAAACGACGUCGUUGGAAGAAAGGUAGAAAUGGAGUAACGAGUUUUUGAUGAAGAGAUCGGAGAUGUGACCGGACUUGAUGAGCCGCGCGUGGAUUUCGAUACCUUUGGAAUGCGCGUGAAAGGAACAACAAGCUUUGAGCGCGUGGGUGAAGGUAUAGUGAUUAUGAUAGGAAGAAUCAGAGAGCAUUUGAUUGUAGAGGUUGAAGAAAGAAUCGCCAUGAUCGUGUGAUUUUGAAAGGAGUGCGAGAUUUUGGUUUAAUAAUUUGGGAUUAGGGUUAGGGUUUCUGAUUAAUUGAAAUCGAGCGAAUUUCACUAUCUGAUUCAUUUGUAUUCUGUUAUUGUUCCCUCCAACCCAAAUAUCUCAAAUUGGGUUAUAAAACUGAUAGGGUCGGGUUUGUUUAAACGGGUUGACCCGGUUUAUGUUACAAAUUAAAUUACCCGGUUUUGGUACAAAAAGUACACUUUGCCUCGUGAGUUCAUAGCUUCUUCGGUUACUUACCUCGUACCCUGUACGAGAUUCGUCAUACAAUUCGAUUUUGCUGUUUUGAAAGUACUCUUGUAGUCUUUGAAAGUUAUUGGAUAGUUUGAUUCGGGAGGAAAGAAUUGGAGGUAGGGCAAGUGAGGGAUAAAUUAUGGGCAAAGCUUCAAGGGAUAAGAGGGAUAUAUAUUACAGGAAAGCGAAAGAAGAAGGUUGGCGUGCUCGAAGUGCCUUUAAACUUCUUCAGAUAGAUGAAGAAUUCAACAUUUUUGAAGGGGUAAAACGUGUUGUAGAUUUAUGUGCUGCCCCAGGCAGCUGGAGUCAGGUUUUGAGUCGUAAACUGUACCUUCCAGCCAAGCUUGCACCUGAUGCAAAGGAUGAAAAGCUUCCUCUUAUUGUAGCUAUUGAUUUACAGCCAAUGGCCCCAAUUGAAGGUGUUAUCCAGGUGCAGGGUGAUAUAACUAAUGCUCGGACUGCUGAAGUGGUCAUUAGACAUUUUGAUGGGUGCAAGGCUGACCUGGUUGUGUGUGAUGGUGCUCCUGAUGUUACCGGGCUUCAUGACAUGGAUGAAUUUGUUCAAUCCCAACUCAUACUUGCUGGGUUGACAAUUGUUACUCAUGUACUGAAAGAAGGAGGAAAGUUUAUUGCGAAGAUAUUUAGAGGAAAGGACACAAGCCUUCUAUACUGUCAGCUAAAAUUAUUUUUCCCCGUGGUGACUUUCGCAAAACCAAAAAGUAGCCGUAAUUCCAGCAUAGAGGCAUUUGCAGUUUGUGAAAACUACUCCCCUCCAGAAGGAUUCAACCCGAAAGAUCUUCACCGACUUCUUGAAAAAGUUGGAAGUCCAUCCGGGGUAGAUGAUACAGAUUGUGUUAGUGGGUGGUUGGAAGGCCCUAAUAAGGUGUAUAUCCCAUUCCUAGCUUGCGGGGACCUCACUGGAUAUGAUUCUGAUAGGUCAUAUCCACUACCUAAAGUUGAUGGAGGAACAUAUCAGAGCUUGGAUCCAGUACAACCCCCUAUUGCCCCUCCUUACAAGAGAGCUCUUGAGUUAAAAAAAGCCUCAACUCAAGGAUUCAAAGAACUUGAAAAUCUAUCCUUGGAUUCCUGAUCUUGCAUAUCCACUCUUUAUUCAUUCACAGUGUCGUUUGGAAUUUUUCUUUUCUCUUGCCAUGAUUAAUUAGGUUUAUGGAUAAACAAUUAUCAAAGUACUUGUGAACUUGUACCAUCAUUGCCUUACCUUCCUUGCUAGUCUUUUAUGAUCACUGUUUUUUAAAUGAAUACAAAUCAUUUUAUAGAUAAUCAUCUCAAGUUCUAAACUGUUUCACUGGAUAA